AUGGUCUACAGCCUCACUUCUGAGUCCUUCAUCAACGCCCUGAAACGCAUCGUUGGCCGACGAGGUCGGGUGGCCGACAUCUACUGCGACAACGCUCUGACUUUUGUUGGGGCCAACCGACUUCUGCAAGAAUCCAAACAAGACUUCGACAAGAUGCACAGCUCCGAUGAACUUGGCACUCACUGUGCUGAUAAUGGGAUCGUAUUCCAUUUCAACCCCGCUCGAUCCCCACACUUCGGUGGCCUCUGGGAGGCCGCUGUCAAAUCGUUUAAGCAUCAUUUGUAUCGGGUGAUGCAAACAACAGUCCUUAACAUCGAUGAUUUCAACACUCUCCUGAUCCAGGUCGAGGCCGUCAUGAAUUCACGGCCCUUGACCCCCCGCUCAUCCGAGCCUGAUGACGUCGUCGCUCUGACUCCAGGGCAUUUUAUCGUUGGAGAGCCUCUAGUUUCUCUCCCCGAGGUGGACAUCAGUGAACUCCCAAUAAAUCGUCUUAAUUCUUUCCAACAGAUGCAACAGCGAGUUCAGCACUUCUGGCAGGCUUGGUCGAGAGAUUAUAUCGGCCAGCUCCAAAACCGCAAGAAGUGGCCUGUGGUUCGCCCCAAUAUUUCGGAGGGCACAUUGGUCCUCAUGAAGCAAGACAACGCACCCCCGCUGAGCUGGAAGCUCGGCCGAAUCGAGAAGAUUUUCCCCGGAGACGAUGGUCGAGUACGUGUGGUCACGGUCAAAACAGCCAAGAACUCCUAUCGCAGAGUGCAAUAA